AAACCACAACAAUUUUUGCGUGGUUUCCGAUUUAAAAUACAUUUAGAUUUACAAAUCGCUAAAAUGUCGGAGCAACAAGCCCAUUCACAACAAGCAGCUACGCUAAAACGAGGUGUGGUAAAGCAAGUGCUUUGUGGUGAUGCUGUAGUUCUACAGGGACCACCAAUUAAUGGGCCUCCAAAAGAAAUGACAGUAUACUUGAGUAAUGUAGUCGCACCUCGAUUGGGUAAAAGACCAACAGACAGUGAACCGGGAAAAGAAGAUGAGCCAUUUGCAUGGGAAUCGCGAGAGUUUCUGCGUAAAAAGCUCGUCGGGCAAAACGUCGUAUUUCGAUGUGAUUACACAACUACUUCAGGACGUGAACAUGGCCGGAUAUAUCUUGGUGGGACAAAUCUUGAAAAUGCAGAAAAUAUAGUAGAGACUUGUGUAUCUGAAGGCUGGGUUGAAGUAAGGCCAGGACGGUUCACUGAUACUUACACAAAUAGUUUAUUAACGUUGCAAUCACAUGCAGAAGCUGCAAAGAAAGGAAAGUGGGCAGCAGAGGAAGGAAAUUCUCACCAACAUGUGCGACAUGUGAAAUGGACUGUAGAAAAUCAGCGAGCAUUAGUCGAUUUAUUCAAGCAACGGAGAAUAAAAGCUAUUAUUGAGCAAGUGCGAGAUGGUUCAACGAUCCGUGCCUUUCUGUUGCCUGAUUUCUACUAUAUUACGCUCAUGAUUUCUGGAAUUAAAGCACCAGCAAUGCGGUCUGGAACAGAUGGUCGUGCUGAAGAAUUUGCUGAAGAGGCCCGUUAUUUUGUGGAAUGUCGUUUACUUCAAAGAGAAGUUGAGAUCGUUUUGGAAAGUAUUUCAAAUCAAAAUUUUGUUGGAUCGGUAAUUCAUCCUAAAGGGAAUAUUGCUGAACUGUUGCUAAAAGAGGGCUUUGCGAAAUGCGUAGAUUGGUCGAUUACUUUGGCUACAUCGGGGCCUGAAGUGUUGCGUGCCGCAGAAAGAGUAGCGAAAGAAAAAAGACUUCGUUUAUGGCGUUCAUAUCAGCCCUCUAAUCAGUUAAAUGUUGAUAAAAGAACUUUCACAGCAAAAGUGAUUGAAGUUGUAAUGGCUGAUGCGCUUAUAGUACAAAAGGAAAAUGAAAACGAAAUCAAAAUCUGGCUCUCCUCUGUAAGACCACCCAGGGACGGAAGUAGAGACUAUGAAAACAAAGUGGGUCGUCAGUUUCGACCAUUGUAUGACAUUCCUUAUAUGUUUGAAGCCCGGGAGUUUUUGCGGAAGCGGUUAGUAGGCAGGAAAGUUCAGAUUACGAUUGACUAUAUUCAAGUGAAAACUGAGCAGUUUCCAGAAAAAAUUUGUUGUACUGUAAUGUUAGGGGGAUUGAACGUCGGUGAAGCUCUUGUUUCAAAGGGCUUGGCUAAAGUUGUACGAUAUAGAAGUGAUGAUGACAAUCGGUCAUCACAGUAUGAUGCUUUAUUAGCCGCCGAGGCAAAAGCAGAAAAAAGUAAAAAGGGUCUCUUUGCUGAUAGAGAGUUGGGAGAUAAAGGUUCAGUAGUGAGGGUUCAAGAAUUGCAAUCGGAUGCGCAGCGGUCGAAGCAAUUUCUGCCUUAUUUGCAAAGAUCUGGUCGUUCAGAGGCAAUUGUAGAAUUUAUUGCUUCUGGUAGUCGGGUUCGUCUAUAUGUGCCUAAGGAAACGUGCCUUAUAACAUUUUUAUUUUCUGGUAUUGAUUGUCCCCGUGGUGCUCGUAUCGGUCAAGGUGGAAAAGUUAUUGGUGAAAAUGAACCGUUCGCUCAAGAAGCUUUCAGAUUCACGCGUUCAAAAAUUAUACAACGUGAGGUAGAGAUAGAAGUUGAGAAUAUGGAUAAAUCAGGAAGUUUCAUUGGAUACAUGUUUAUACAUACCGAACAGGGUGUUUGUAACAUGAGUGUAGCACUUGUGGAACAUGGCCUGGCGAGUGUGCAUUUCACUGCUGAAAAAGGUGCAUAUUACUCUCAGCUUUGCGCAGCAGAAGAAAGAGCUAAAAAGGCAAAACUGGGUAUCUGGGCUAAGUGGAUUGAAGAAGAUGCAAUCAUGCAAGCGGAACUAGCAUCAGCUGUUGAAAAGGAAGACCGUGUUAUUAAUUAUCGGAAAGUAGUUGUCACUGAUGUACAAAAGGGGAAUUUUAAGUUUGCUGCUCAGGCGGUCGAUGAUGGUCAGAAGUUAGAACAAAUGAUGAAAGAUUUGCGUGAGGAGUUGAAGAACAAACAGCCAAUUAUCGGUGCAUACACUCCUCGUCGUGGAGAUUUAUGUAUUGCUCGGUUUUCGGUUGACAAUUUGUGGUAUCGGGCACGUGUAGAAGGAAUAAAGGGGAAGAAAGUCCAGGUUUUAUACGUCGAUUUCGGAAAUAGAGAAGUUGUCGAUCUAACUUCGUUGGCUACUUUACCAGUCGGUUUUGCUAUGCAGCCGCCUGGUGCACGUGAAUAUCAAAUAGCUUUUUUGCAAAUGCCUAAUGAUCCGGAUUAUGUCACUUAUACAGACACUGCAUUCAACCGUGUUCUCUCCUCGGUGCCAUUCUUUUAUAUCAACGUUGAGUAUCGGAAUGCCGGUGUGGAUUGUGUGACGAUGGUUAUGGAAACAUCUGAGGGUUCCCGCACUGACAUUGCCAAGAUGCUUGUUGUUGAGGGAUAUGCCCUUGUGGAUCUAAGACAAGAGAAACGAUUUGCUGCAUUAAUGGCCGAAUAUCAAGAAGCAGAGAAGAUAGCUCGUCGCGAACAUCGCAAUAUUUGGGAGUAUGGAGAUUUCACUGGCAAUGAAUUGUGA